CCUGCCAGAAAAAAGAAAAAAAGAGAGAGAGAGUGUGUGAGAGAGCCCCUGCCAUGACCGCCACUUCAAAUCGGGAUCGGGACGGAGCACCGGGACUUGGAAGGAGAGCGGAAUCCGUGUGCAGAAAGGGAGAUGAUGGCAUUGGGAUUUUAGUAGCUCUGAUGAAAGCUCAGGCGCGCUGUUGUCGGAGCCGGCUGCUGCUCUUCUACAUGGGGCUGCUGAUGCUGGUCGCCACAGUUGAGGCUCAGAACUGCAGUUAUACUCUACACAGUCCCAAUGGGACGAUAGAGAGUCCUGGAUACCCUUACGGUUAUCCAAACUAUGCCAACUGUACGUGGGUCAUUGUGGGAGCGGAUCAUAACCGGAUACAGCUGGUGUUUCAAGGCUUCGCCCUGGAGGAGGAUUUUGACAUCCUGUCUGUUUAUGAUGGGCCGCCAAGCCCAGGGAACCUGCGAACAAGGUUAACUGGGUUCCAGCUGCCUUCACCUAUUGUGAGUACAGGCUCCAGACUCACCUUGUGGCUGCUAUCUGAUUAUGCUGUCAGCGGGCAGGGAUUUAAAGCAGUUUAUGAAGCUCUGCCCAGUUACACUUGUGGUAAUCCUGGCCAGCUGCUGAAUGGCUAUCAACAGGGGUCCACUUUCAAUAUUGGGGAUAAAAUCCGCUACAGCUGUAGCCCUGGCUAUGUGCUGGAGGGUCACACCACUCUCUCCUGCCUCGCCACUUCAACUGGGACGGCUGCCUGGGAUUUCCCCCUUCCUUACUGCAGAGCUGAUGAUGGAUGUGGAGGGACACUGCGGGGCCAGAGCGGGGUGAUCACCACCCCCAAUUACCCAGCCGAGUACAACAACAAUGCUGACUGCACCUGGACUGUGCUGGCUGAGCCCGGAGACACCAUCGCCUUGGUUUUCUCUGACUUUCAGUUGGAGGACGACUAUGACCUGCUGGAGGUCAGCGGUACAGACGGACCUUCACAGUGGUAAGUGUUCUGCCAGCAGUGUUUUAAUCACGGAAGGAGCUGAAUAGUGUAAAAAAAAAAAAA